ACUUACGCUACUUUUUCCGCUGCUGAUUCUCUUUCUCUCUCUCUCACUUCCCACAGUGGUUUUUUUUUCUUUUAGGUUUCCUUCGAAACAAAGCAAACCUAACAAACCUUUCCAAUUUUACUUCUCACUCGCCGCUGCUCUGCUGCUUACAGUAUGCCAGAAGAGGUAGAGUACCGCUGUUUUAUUGGUAACCUUUCAUGGUCAACAUCAGAUAGGGGUUUAAAAGAUGCAUUUGAAAAGUUUGGAAAUCUUCUUGAGGCAAAGGUAGUUGUUGACAAGUUUUCUGGCCGUUCUCGUGGAUUUGGAUUUGUCACUUUUGAUGAUAAAACAGCAAUGGAAGAAGCUAUUGAAGCAAUGAAUGGAAUGGAUUUGGAUGGGCGGAAUAUAACUGUUGAUAGAGCUCAGCCUCAUCAGGGGUCAGGGAGAGAUUAUGAUGGUGAUCGUAACCGCGAUCGUGUACGUGAUCGCGAUCGUAACCGGAGUUAUGAUGGUGGACGUGGAUCUAAUGGUGGGGAGUGUUUUAAGUGUGGGAAACCUGGACACUUUGCUAGAGAGUGUCCUAGUGAAGGGGCUAGGGGAGGCAAGUAUGGUGGUAGGGGGGAUCGUUAUGGUGGCGGCGGUGGCGGCGGCGGCGGCAGUCGUUAUGGUCCUGAUCGUAAUGGAGAUCGGUUUGGUGGGCGCAGCAGGGAUGCAGGUGGUCGUGGGGGUCCUGGAGGUGAUAGACACAAUCGUGAUCGUUCUGGACCGUAUGAGCGUCGUGGAACAGGAGGUCAACGUUCUGGAUAAGAUGAAUGUUUUGCUGCUGGACUAAUGUUGCUGCUUUUAUGCUCUCGAAGCACGAAGUUUCUUUUUAACAGGAUGUGCUCUCUUCAUUGUUGUCUGGGUGGAACAAUAUAAUAGUUCAGUCCUUUGAAGUGUGAAACUUGGCACAAAUCUACAACUAUUUAUGUGUUCCUUAAAUGCUGUGUUCGAUGUUUUGGUCCGAUGGAGUCUUGUGCUUUCUUGACAUGCACUUUCAAAUAUGGUCUUAUGCUCUCUGAAUGCACCAUUUUUUGUGACUCAUGCAUUGUCAACAGCAAUUGCCCUUACUUCUGUCCGACUUGUUGACUUUUUUGAAUGCACAAUUAUGGAA